AUGUUUGGUCCCUUUAAAGCUAGUAGCACAUUACUGGGAGGAUUGCUUUGGAAGAUUCCAUGGAAAAUGUCCCGCCCUCAAAAACAAAGACAAAGACGCAGACUACAAGACGUGGAUGCCGUGAUCAAGAAUCUGAAUCUUGGGCUUCACGCGACCAGAAGUAUGGCGAAGGGUGUAUCAUUUGAAGCUGCCAUGAAUAGCACAAAAUUACUGAAACCCGGCGUCAAAGGGCUCCGGUUGCUCAACAAAAACUCACUUUUUCCUUCAGAAAAGCAGAUGUCCUACAAAGACAAGUACACCUACUUCAACAAACAGGCGAAGGGAUACCGUAAAGGAACCCACAAACUCCCCAAAUGGACGAAGAUCUCUCAGAGAAGAAACCCUGAUUUCUUCUGA